AUGCUGCCUGGGACUUCUCAGCCACCUGCAGUAGCCAACAUGUCUUGGGUCCUGCUUUCUGUACUCUGGCUCAUCUUCCAAACUCAAGCAAUAGACAUAAAGCAAACUCCUGAAUUAAAGCUUCAUGAGCUAGUUCAACCCAAAAAACUGCACAUUUCAAACAAAAGAGGGAUUGAGAACAACCAGACAGAGAGGUACAGCAAAGAGGAAAGAUAUGCACCUGAAGUUCAGUAUCAGAUUAAAUUAAAUGGACAAGAAAUCAUCCUUCACCUUCAAAAAACCAAACAUCUCCUGGGGAAAGACUACUCUGAAACAUAUCACUCUCCCAGAGGGGAGAAGACCUCCAGAAGCUCUUGGAAUAUGAAACACUGUUACUAUGAAGGUCACAUCCUAAAUGAGAAGGACUCUGUUGUCAGCAUUAGUACCUGUGAUGGGUUGAGAGGAUACUUCACACAUCAGGGUCAAAAAUACAUGAUACAGCCUUUGAAAAGCACAAACCAGGGAGAGCAUGCCAUCUUUACAUACAACCAGGAGGAGCUAGACCCAGCUCGUCACAAGUGUGGUGUGAGACAUGUUGGCAGAAAAGAAAGCCACAUUCGAACUUCCAGGUCACUCAAAGGGCGAGAGCACGAAGAGUUUCUUCGGGGACCGAAAUACAUCAGCCUCUUUUUGGUGCUGGAUAAUGCCUUCUAUGAGAUGUAUAAGGGGAAUCUAACUCUGAUGAGAAGCUUCCUGUUUGAUGUGCUGAACCUUCUCAAUGUGAUUUAUAACACUAUAGAUGUUCAAGUGGUCUUGGUAGGUAUGGAAAUCUGGUCUGAUGGCGAUAAGAUAAAGGUGGAACCCAACAUAGGUUCCACAUUUAGCAAGUUCCAGAGUUGGCAUCAUUCUAACCUGGGGAAAAAGAAGAUCCACAACCACGCUCAGCUUCUCAGCGGAAUUGCCUUCACAAAUGGACGAGUAGGAAUGGCAGCCUCGAAUUCCUUGUGUUCUUCAUCUUCAGUGGCUGUUAUCGAGGCUAAAAGAAAGAAUAGUGUAUCCCUUGUAGCAGUGAUGUCACAUGAGUUGGGCCAUGUUCUAGGCAUGCCUGAUAUUUCCUAUACUGUCAAGUGUCCCUCUGGAAGUUGUGUGAUGAGUCAGUACCUGAGUUCAAAAUUCCCAAAGGACUUCAGUCCAUCCUGUCGCUCAAAUUUUCAAAGAUACCUUUCAUCUAAAAACGCAAAGUGCAUACUGCAAGCACCUAGUCCUAAAAAUAUAAUAACAGAACCAGUGUGUGGGAACCAGCUUUUGGAAUUGGGUGAAGACUGUGACUGUGGCUCUGUGAAGGAUUGCACCAGUCCCUGCUGUGAGCCCCUGACCUGUAAACUGAAACCAGGACCUGGAUGUGGAGGAGAGGCUCCCAACUGA